AUGGAGUCCGCGAUCGGGGUGCUGGUGUCCCAGUUCAAGGCAUACGCUGGCAGUGAUGGUUCCUCGGACACGCUGAGCAGAGAUGAGUUCCACAGACUGGUCAAGUCUGAGCUCCCAAAUUUUGUCAAGGUAAGGGCUACAGAUUUGACAAAUCAUGGACAUCAUUUAUUUAUUCAUUUAUAUUUAGCAUAUUUCUUUUAUUAUUAUUAUUGUGUGGUUUGGGUACAAAACUUGCCUUGUAGUUUCUGCUUAGAUGGAUCAAACAAACAUUAUGUAUACCUGUGCUUCUUUGUUUGAAUGAAGUAGUUACAAGGUGAAGAUUAUGUUUUGAUAAAGAACCAUAUACUGCAUGCUGAGUAUGAAAGUUUCAUAUAAAAGCUUAAUGGGUAAUGAGAGUAAACAGAACCAGCAAUGCAGCCUGACUGCUUGAACAAGAGAGGCUGGAUUUGACCAAAUGAACAACCUUAGGAGAAGGUGCACCUAAGGGUAGUCUUUAAAAUGUGAUAAAAAAGGAUUAACAUUGCUGAUUCAGGGUUUUCAAAUUCAACCUCCUAAGCAUGUCUGGAGUUUUGGCAGGUGUAUUCUUAACAUCCAGGUCAAAUUGCAGCAGGAUACAAUUGUCCUUUAAUAAUAUAAAGACAUGAUACAAUGCUAUCCUCCAUUCAAAGCAUCUAUAGAUGGCAACACAAGACAAAUUUUCACUCUGCUUCAGAGCUGACUGGUGGUUUAAAAGUAGAGGGUAGAAUACUACCAGCUUUUUCUGCUGGUUUUGUUGAAUAAUGCUGUGCCUGGAAGAACCACCUCCUACUAGAACUGAGAUUAAAAAAUUAUAUUUACUAUCAAUCACUUUGUUUACCAUGCAAAAAUCCUCCGUCAUGAGAGGGGAUAGUUACAGCAACGGCUAUCAUCUGGAUGCCACAUUGACCCGUUUAACUGUGACCGUAUAAUUAAAUGUUAGUCACAUUUGUGUUCAGGGAUACUUCAGCUCUGAUGCACGGGCGUUGUACAAUACAUGUGGUCUCUGUGUACUUCUGCUCCAAAUAACAACUUGAAAAGAACAUUUGAAAGAACUCUUCCCUCUUUCCUCUCCCGCCUGUGAAUUUGACCAGGAAUGAGAGGUUACACCUCAUGUUGGGACAGGAAAUCUCUUCACAUUUAAUGCAUUCCACAAAAACAAUGGAUUUGUCAUCAUGGAGGAGUUGCCACCCUUCAGAGAGCUCUGUGUCUCUUUAGUCCUUUUUCAUUAGAUGAAGCUGUGUUGUUUGUACUUUACAUCUGGACCAGAGAACAAUGGCAAAACUAGUAGUUCCUGAGGCCCAGCUCCAAAAAAUACAGGUCUGCCUUUUCCAAGUGUGGAAAUUUCCAUGUGUUCCUCUCUGAAUGAAAACUUGGACUCAUCACUUUGGUCACUAGAUGGCGACAGAGCCACAGAUGCUUGUGCCAAACCAACUCGGCUGAUGUUGCUUCAAUAUUUAACUUGUGGAUGUGCCAGUGGUGUCAGUUUGUUUCUGCCACCCCAACACCAAAUACAUCAUACUUUCUGCACAUUUUUCUCAGCAUUUGAUGUUUUAUCUUCCUGUUUUCCUGCAGAACUCUGGUAACCCGACUGCCAUUGACCAGCUAAUGAGCUCAUUGGAUAAGAACAAUGAUGGAGAGCUCAACUUCCUGGAGUUCUGGCAGCUGAUUGGGCAUCUUGCGAGCAGACAUGGGGGGUUCAGCCAAUAG